UCCGGAUUGUGAGAUGACAGUCAACAACAACAACGACACGAGACAAACUGACGUAAAAUUGAACACGAAAGUCUUUGAAUCAUUGUGCAUAAUGUUGAAGUGUUGGUAUGCCUAGCAUUAAAGUGGUACACACAAUGACAGACAAAGCUGCUGGAGUGGAAUCAUCUGCUAUAUCUGUGCUGAAAAGAGCAGUAGAGCUGGAUAUGAGCAAGAGGUAUGAUGAGGCUAUGGUCUGUUAUAGAGAGGGUCUGGAGUUGCUUUUGGAAGUGCUUAAAGUUACAAAAGACGAAGCCAAGAAAACCAAGUUUCGAGAGAAAAUUGAAGAAUAUAUGGGUCGUGCUGAGCAGCUGAAAACUCUGAUUGACAAAGAAAAGCAAGUGGAUAAAUCUCAUGUGCAGAUUCAUAUAGAUGAUAACUCAACAGGACACAGCUAUGAAAGUCUAUUUGGACGGUGUCUGGACAGUUCCCUGACUCAGGUGACAGUAGAAGAUCCAUACAUCAGAAGUACACAUCAGAUAUACAAUUUCCUGCGAUUUUGUGAAGUUCUUAUCACAUCAAAAUGUCCCGUGAAGACCAUCAGCCUUACGACAGGCCAAGAUGAUGACUAUGAUUCACAGAGACAACAAUCCCAGCGACUUGCAUUUAUUACGAAGAGUCUGAAGAACUACGGGAUAGAUUUAAAACUGGACUAUUCCACUACUUUGCACGAUCGAGAAAUCAGGUUUAAUAAUGGUUGGACAGUGAAGAUUGGAAGAGGACUGGACUAUUUCAAAGCAACUGAAAACCAAUUUUGUGUUGGAUUUUGUAAUUAUGACUUGAGAGCUUGUCAUGAGACUACAGUGGACAUAUUUCAUCAGUCUCAUACAAAAAUGUGACAAACUGUCUGAACCUUAGACAUUUACUUGUAUAUUUUACAGAACAUUGUACAUACGAUUACAUUUUAUAUAUUGUAUAUAUCAAAUAUGCUAGAUGUCAUUUUAAAUUUCAUUUUAUAAAACAGCAUCAUCUAUUUAUCUGCGGAAAAUGUAAAAAUAUGAGAUGCGCCUUUUCUGAGUUGUUUUCUAUAUCGUUGUGCUGUGGAUAUUCACAUGGGGAAAUAUGGCAGUUGUCCACAUCUGUAGCUGCGAUAAUCACCCCUAAACCAAUCAAAUUCAUUUGGUAAUGGAAACAUUGCAGACCUGGGGAAAUAAUUCAUGACCCUAUGUCAGAAAUACAAUAUAAGCCGUUCUUUUCUCAGUCUUCCCAAGCUGUAAGUUUAGCCUAACAAUUAAUCAGGUGACAGUUAAAGAUGAACUGCAAAGCCUUUUGAAACUGAAACUUAUUAGAGGGAAUACAUGUUGAUGAUUGUCUUACAUGUUUCCAUUAUAUCGUACAUGUAAGUAAACUGUACCUUAGUUUUGGCCAGAAAUGAACUGCACAGAACUGAAUCUCUAUAAUUUACUCAAAUCGCCAUGGCUUGUCCCCCUUGGAUUUCAGAACGUUGUGAUGUCAAAUCGGCCCUGGUUCAUUCAUUUGACCAGCAUAAAAACUGGUGUGUUUUGUAUACAUGAAUAACAGGUUGACGUUCUGAAACCAAGACAUAUUAGUAAUCAUUAUUUCUUGUACAGUGUUACAUCAGAUAGGUGUAAAUAUUUAUCUUAAAUAUAUUUAAUAAGUUAUUUUCAUAAAGAAAACUGUCAAUUUUAUGCAAUAACAGGAAAAAACAGUUUUGGGAAAAAUUAAAAACAUAGCAGUUCACCUUCAACUUUCAUUAAAUUUUUCUUGUAACAUCACCAACAUAGGAUCUCUCUAACCACCACUUUCAUGUGAGAAGUAAAAAGGGAAAGACUCAAGGUAAACGUAAGCAUUGUGACUCUUGGUUAAAGCUAUUUCUCAAAAUGCAUUUAUUUUAAAAUUUGUUUAACAAAAUUAUAAAAUCCUUUAAACUAUUUGAAUCCUUCAUGGACCACACUGGUGGUGUUGAAUGUUACCCAUCCAUGUUAUCCCGCAUUUGAUCCGAGAAUAGCUCUUUUCCCUUGCAUGCGAUAGUGAAUACGACAUACAAGUGAAUAGGCAGGUCCUAUACAAUAUGACAAUAUUGCAGUUUUGAUUGUUUUGAAACAUCGGCUUGAAACAUCAGCAUUUCUUAUUAUAAGGAAAGGAAAAAAAAAAAAAAGGAAAGGAAAUGACCGAGAUCAAUGUUUUUGCUAUUUGACUUUAUCCCCUCCCAAAUUUACAGUCAUAUUGUAGAAGAAUAGGCAUUUGUAUUUGUUCGAGUUAAAACGUUUGUUCAGGUAUUGACAGCGUAGGGUUUAAGUUUGGUGGUUAGGUGAUCCAAUGUGACUCCAUUUUUGUUUUCUUUUUCUUUAAAUUAGUAUGGGUUUUGUUGCUGCCUCAUUCAGCUAAGUGAUCUUUUGUAAUGAAUCAUAUGCUCACAUCACUUUUACCAGAUGUCCACACUGAUUGUAAAAUUAUAAAUGUCAGUAAAGUUUCAGUAAAUGUUGACAUAAUCGUUGAUGUGUGUCAGUAUCAUUGCUUCUCUCCACCAACCCUCCUCCUCCCCCCACCCAAAUGACAUCCUUUGAGCCAUUUAAGAUAUUUAGUAUGUCCAAAUGCUUUCUUGGUCCGAUUGUCUUUCAGCUUGGAAUUUAGGGACGUUUUAUCUGAAUUCUCGCAGGUACAGCAGUCAGACAUGUUUUUUUUAUUAGCGGUAUUGCUUAUUUAUUUUAUGGCAUAGUCAGGUUUUCUUAUCAAAUGUUUGCAAUUUUUGAUGUCUCAUUUUCAGAUCUUUAAAUUUUCUUGAGUAUCAGAUUCAAUAAAGUAAAUGAAAAAAUAAACAGAUCAUGGAGUGAGUUAUGUUUAAGUUACAUAGGAUUGUGUCAAAUUUCUUGGGGCAAACUUUUCACUGUAAACUUAAAAUACAUAUUUAUAAUUAUUAAUCUGUGAUACUGAAAUCAAAAUUAAUUUACCUUGGAAGACUUUGUAAUGUUGACCAAAGCCUGUUAGUUAGUGUUCAUUUGUAUUUUUGUUACUGCUUUAUGCUUUAAAUUCCUCCAGUAAUAGCUAGGUGCCUGUGUAUGGCCCAUUAGUUUUAUAAUGACCGUGAGACUCAAAUAUGACCUAAUGAGGCCGAAUUUGGGAUUAAUGUUUGUAGUAACCACUGGCCUAUUCUCUCUUAGGUCUAAAACAAGUUUACUGAGGCCAUUUGUAGUCUUUCUUUUCCAGCCUGUUGCCAGUAGCUGGCCAGUCAUGCAGCUGAAUGUAUCUCCACAUUUUCCCUCAGAAAUGUUAUUAUGUUUUGAACGGGUUUCUUCCAAAAUAAACUUUCUGCAGGAAUA